AUGAAUGCAAAUAUCGAUGCUGAGAAUGUCACUUCAGGCUACCAUAUUGCCUGGAACGAACCGGAAGCCCUGCCAUACGAAUUUCUCCCCAACAAGCUCACACUAAUUGACACCUACGAGGACGAUACUGACUCUGAUGCACAUGUUGUACCGGGGCUUGUUACAGAUAUGGAAACCGAUCUGAGUCCAAUGCUUGAGUUGGACGGCCUCAGAUAUUUGCGACUGCCAGUUCGGAUACCGCUGCUAGAAGUCUUGGAUGAAGACAUCGUCCCCAUCGUCCCGCUGACUGAUGUACCCAAAUCGAACGUGAAGUCCUUCCUUGAUCGCUCUGGGAAAGACUUGGUCUCACUCGAGCUUUGCGCGGUGCAGUCAGAGUUACUUGAAUUCGAUGAGACCAAGCAAGGCUUGGAAAUCAAUCGAGACUAUAUGACAGCGCUUCUGGACGGAUUGGUCUUUCCCAACCUCAAACACCUCUCCUUGCAGAACUGGGUGCUGCCGGGUCACGAUCGACUGGAAAACUUCUUCUCUCGUCAUCGUUCCACACUCAAGGAAGUCAACCUCUUGCAAUGUCUCGUGUCGAAGGACCAGGACCCAACCGAUUUUGGCAGAUGGGCUGGACAGAAUCUGUCACUGGUCGGCGUGAGCAUCGACAUUCACCCUGAGGCUAAAAUGGAAGAUCUUGUCAAACGAAACGACAAUGAUCUGGAACCCUGGGACGACUCUGACGGUGAAGACACGGACUGGAGACGACAUGAUGGAAAUCUACAGGAGCAGACUGGUUAUCGCACUGCUUCAGCUGCGCCCGGUGAGCCAUACUCCUGGACAAAGACGGAGUUGGAGGCUCUCUGGCUCUCUGGUCGACCCAACUGUCUGAAAGUUGCCGCCGUGAAGCCUUAUCCAUUCAAAGCCCCUCGGAAGAGCCCGUUUGACACAUUGGCCGACUGGAGUGAAUGA